AUGGAAGUAACUUCAUCUCCAGAUAAACUUGGCAAAUUUGAGGAUGCCCCUCCCUUGUCGAAGACUUAUUGCCAACGUAUAAGUGUUGAAGAAUAUGAACAAGUAGGAGAAGAAGCUACUCGUACAGCGUUAAAAAACUUAGUGUCCAAUUUAGAAGCUGAUUCGGAAUUAUACAAGCGAGUGUUGCGAAAAAGAAAGCAGGAAUCUUUAGAAAAUUCCGGCCUUUUUAGCUAUGUGAAAUGUAAAAUAUAUUCGUUUCUAAAUUACACUGAGCAUUUGCAAAUAUCAGAUGAAGAUUACCACAAUGAAAUAGAGCGGUUAAAGUAUAAUAUUAUAAAUGCCUUCAAUUAUGCUCAAGAAUCUAAACUCAAUAAAGACCAGAGAUAUUCCCGCAGAUUAAUAGAAAAAAAAAGUAAAGACAUGAUUGAAAAAAUGAUCCAGUCUUCUAUAACUGAAAUAGAACAAAAAGCCGAAUCUUCCUCUUCAUCUUGUUACCAACAAAGGGAAUCUGCUCAAGUAACUCUUAAAGCUCCACUACCACCACCACCACCACCACCACCACCACCACCAUUGCCCAGCGCACCCAUUAUGAGUAGCACUGAUGGAAAUACACGUAAUCCCGAAAAGAAACUUGGCAAUCAAUCUGAGUUGGACAAGAAAAAUGAAUUUACAACAGAAUCAACCAAAAAUACCUCUUCUAUUGAAUCUACGAAUUUAGAAGCAAAUAAGAAAUGUCCUAGUGUCGACGAGACUUCUUUGCACGAUUCUAUAAUGUCUGUAAUUAAGGAUGGAUCUGCUUUGGCAAGUUUGCGUAAAACGAGUGCCGAUGAUGAUCAAAUUGAAAUCAAAAGACGUCGAUUGCAACAAGAGGAUAAUGACGCUAUGAAAAAAUUUUUUAACGAAAAGCUCAUCGAUAAAUUUAAGAAUGUCGCUCGUAGUCCGGAAGUUUCUGACAUAUCCAAUAAUUCAGGGUUCGAUGAUGUCGUAAAUACUCAUAAUGGUAGUUGGUUACAGUAA